UUUCUUGUGCUUUUUAAAAAUAAAAGAUGAAAGUGAAACUUGUUGAGUAUGUGCAUCUGACCAACUGCAGGAAUUCCAAAGCGGGUGGUUUUGAUUGAGAACAAAUAACAGUUUGGGGCACACUGAGUUUGAUGAGGACGAUCUCCUCUUCCUCCGUGUUUCUGAGACUGGUGAUGCAACGUGCUCCCGCCCUUUUCUGAGAACACGGAAAGCCUGACUCAGGAAGGCAGCUGCAGCUCUUAAAAAGAGCUCCAGCCUGGUCCCCUUCCCUGCUGGGGCGAGCGCCACCGCAAAGAUGAAGCUGGCGAAGUGGUGCUGGCUGAGCUCCGCUGUCCUUGCUGCUUAUGGUUUUUUGGUUGUGGCAGACAAUGCAACAGAGGAAAUUAACGAUGAAGCAGCCCAGGACGCCUGCCCAGUGAGACUAGAAAGCAGAGCGAAAUGCGAGGAGGGAGGCGACUGUCCCUACCAGGUGAACCUGCCCCCGCUGACUAUUCAGCUCCCCAAGCAGUUUGGCAGGAUCGAGGAGGUGUUCAAAGAAGUCCAGAACCUCAAGGAAAUUGUAAAGAGCCUGAAGAAGUCUUGCCAAGACUGCAAACUGCAGGCUGAUGACAACCGAUACCUGGGCAGAAGUGGACUGCUGUUACCCGGCACAGGAGCUCUGGGAGAAGCUGGUGACAACAGAGUUAGAGAGUUAGAGAGCGAGGUUAACAAGCUGUCCUCUGACCUUAAGGAUGCCAAGGAGGAGAUCGACGUGCUUCAGGGUCGCCUGGAGAAGCUGAAUCUUGUAAAUAUGAACAACAUAGAACAUUAUGUUGAUAGCAAAGUGGCAAACCUAACAUUUGUUGUCAAUAGUUUGGAUGGCAAAUGUUCAUCUAAGUGUCCCACUCAAGAACAAAUACAAUCACGUCCAGUUCAACAUCUUAUAUAUAAAGAUUGCUCUGAAUACUACACGAUAGGCAAAAGAAGCAGUGAGCUCUACAGAGUUACACCGGAUCCCAAAAAUAGUAGCUUCGAAGUUUUCUGUGACAUGGAGACCAUGGGGGGAGGCUGGACAGUGCUGCAGGCACGUGUUGAUGGAAGCACCAACUUCAGCAGAACAUGGCAAGACUACAAAGUAGGCUUUGGAAACCCCAGAAGAGAAUUUUGGCUGGGGAACGAUAAAAUCCAUCUUCUGACUAAGAGUAAGGACAUGAUUCUAAGAAUAGAUCUUGAAGACUUUAACGGUGUCAAACUCUAUGCCUUGUAUGAUCACUUUUAUGUGGCCAACGAGUUUCUCAAAUACCGUUUACACAUUGGUAACUAUAAUGGCACAGCUGGAGAUGCCUUACGUUUCAGUAAACAUUACAACCACGAUCUGAAGUUUUUCACCACCCCGGAUAGAGACAACGAUCGAUACCCCUCUGGGAACUGUGGGCUCUACUACAGUUCAGGCUGGUGGUUUGAUGCAUGUCUUUCUGCAAACUUAAAUGGCAAAUAUUAUCACCAGAAAUACAGAGGUGUCCGAAAUGGGAUUUUCUGGGGGACCUGGCCUGGUAUAAGUGAGGCACAACCUGGUGGCUACAAGUCCUCCUUCAAAGAAGUCAAAAUGCUGAUCAGACCCAAGCACUUUAAGCCAUAAAUCACUAAUGCUCAUUCUUUUGGGUCUUCGUUACCUAAUAGGGCAAUUAAUUCCUUCAGCACUUUGGAAUAUGUUUCAUACUCUUUUUCCAUGGCUUAAAAUUUCUCUCUGAGCAAUGGGUUCUUAUGCUAUACAGCAUUUGAAAUAAAGCUGAAAAAUAUGCCAUUUAAAGAAGUCCUUUGUUGCUGUUACGCUGUUAUCCGAAUAAACACUUGCAAGCAAUUGGGAAUAUUGAGAAUCACACAGCAGAGUUAUAAUUCUCUUAAUGUCUCUUAUUUGAAAUAUUUUUACUCAUAUUACUCACUCUAAUUAAAAAAAUACUUGUUUAUUCAGUAGGCUAAAUUUUAUACAAGUAACCUGUAUUUUGACUGUGACUUAAACGCAUCUUUUCAGGCUAUAAAUAGUUAUUGGGUAUUUAUUUGUCUCUAAAUAUUCCUCAUUCUGAGAUAAACUUACUCAAUUUAUGGCAUUUACAGCAUUUUAAUUCCCAAGCAAAGGGAAACAUACGUAAUUAAACCUGUUCCUGCACUAUUCGUGAAAUGUAGAAUUUUAUCAUUUAAAAUAUUUUAAAAGGUGAUAGCAUAAUGUCACUCCUAAGAGCACUCAGAAAAUGAAUUUAACCUUAAAGACCAUGGUUUAAAGGUAAUUCAUUCAUAGUUUAUAACUCUUUAGAUGUUUGAUGGUAAAAACUGCUUUAACAUGAAAAAUAUCUUCCUUUGCUCUAAUGCACAAUUGUUUUUAAUUUAAGACUGCUCACUACUGUGCGAGACUACUGGUAGACUUUCUUUUGGAGAGGUAGGUGUGGGUGAGGAGUGAAGCACUUAUAUGUAGGCCAAUUUUAUAUCCAAAGCGAUAAUAUCAUUAAGUGAUUCACUUCAUAGAAAGCUAUGUUUUAUAGGACAAAUAGAUAAAUCGAUUUAUAAAAAAAUAUGAAUUUUGAAAUAUAUAGAACCAUAGUUCAAAUAUUAUAUAUUUCAACCCUAAAUGGUAUAUUGCUUGUUUUGCUAUCAGAAGAUUCAAAUACGGGUGUUUAUUUUUUUUAACAAAACAAAAGUAUCUGGAACUUUUAUAAUUCAUUAAUUAAUUCCAGAAUGCAAAAAUGAUAUUCAAAAGAUUAUAAAAAUAGUUUGUUAAAUUUCACCAUUGUAAAAAGGGACCAUUUCAGAGAGAACAGCUGUAUUCUAAUGCACGUUUAAAAAAGUGCUCUAGGAUAAAAUUUGAAAAGGAUACACCAUACUGUAUGUGAGUCAUAGAAAUACAUUCAACGUUCAAUUUCUGGUGUCUGUUUCUACUAAAGUAACCAAGUUUUCAAAAAUAAAUUCACAAAGAUGCAGCUUUACCCAUUAUUUGAAAAUGAUUAAGGAGGAUAGUAACUUUAGGUAAGAAGUUAAUUUUUCAACUAAUGUCUUUUAUAGAAAAUUCUAAUCAAAAAGAAGCAAGAUAUUCUUUUAAAAAUAUAUAACAUACAAAGUGUUCAGGUAAACAUGAUGCAAACUAUAUUAUUAAUACUAUUAAAAUACUAAAGCAAGAGAAAUGCAAAUAGAAUUAAGUGAUGACAAAAAUAUAAAAUAUCGUAGAUUUCAGAGGCUUCAUAUCUACUCAAUAAUACAUCAAAUGUAAAUGUUGUAACUAAUUCUUUAUUUCUCUCUCUUUUCUGUUUUCUAAAAAAGACUAUGAAGAUUUUGAUAUUAUACAAUGUAUUUCAGAUAAGGGCAUUUUCACUUACUAUAUAUAACUAUUAAUAUAUGUAUAAGUUUAGGUAAAUUUCUUUGAUAAAAACGGACUCCUUAAAAAAAUACAGUUCUAAAGAAAAAUAGCUCAUAUAGCAAGUGUCCACUGAUUUAAUAGGAACUAGGUAUCAUUUCAGGAGAAUUUGGCAAAUAAUUCAUUAAUCUAUGUAAAUACUUAAAAGCUUAUCUUUUCUAUCUUUCCACCUUAUAUUAAGUAAAAUUUUAUUUCCCAUUAUACUUUUAUGGUACCUUUCUAAUAAACUCUGUAACAUAGAAAUUCCUUUCUGAAAUCAUUUCAUGUCACUUAUUAUAUUAUAAAAUAUAUUUUAGAUUUUGGUAAUCUUUAACAUAUUGAUGGAAAUAGAUUAUAUCUGAGAGAGUCUUUUGCCUUAACAUAACUGUUCACUAAUAUAUGCUAAUGUUCAUAAAUGUGGAUUGACUACUAACAAAUACAUUAUUUUAGAGUCUUGUCUCGGUUUCAUUUUACUGGCUAAUAUUUGUUAUCUUAAUUAACAAAUUAUUUCUGAGCUUUAUCAUACUUUGAAAAUAUUGACUAAAAUUAGGCCUCUAGAAAUUCCAAAUGGAACUGGCUCACGUAUCACAGAAAAAAAAUUGGAUUUUCUGAUAAGUAGUAAUGCUCUAAAUGAAAUGAUGACACAUUCAUCCAGUAAAUAAAGAGCUUAAAUUUACGACGAGAAAAGACAUCCAAAUAACAAAAUUCACUGGUCCUUAUUUCUGAAUGGCUACCCAAGGAAAGGGUAGAAGGUUUAAAGGUAAAGAACGGGUAAUGUCGUCAUGAUAAGCUCUUGCUUAGAAUUCUUAUUUUCCUUUAUGUAUAAAUAGGUUUAUGUUUUGUGUCUUUUAAAAGCCUUGUGAAAUAAAAGAUUUAAUCUUC